UUCCAUGCUGCGGUAGCAAAGAUGUUGCAUUUUUAUGCUUUUGCUAGUUUGGACGUGCUUGAAAUUUAGUUUGAAAUUAGAACUCGUAACCCCGGAGGUCGCACUUCUUCCUGUAAGGACGUCCUGCGUCCCCAAAAUAUCUCUGCAAUGCCAUGCAGGACAGCGACGUGCCUUUGCAAGCGUGUUAAGAAUAGAUCCACAAUGGGGCUCGCUGCCGUCUUCAGUUGUCUGCCGAGGACUCAGAGCGAGGAAGUUCGGGAGCAUUUCCCCUGCUUUCUACUUCCGUUAGUUUUUGGGGGAACUCAAAAGGGAUCAUGUUGGAUUGGAGCUCACAAAACUGUUGGGUAUGUCCAACUCGGUGUUAGUGAGGUUCCUGCAGGUCUACGAGAAGACAAAAUGCUGAGGUACCGCAAGGAGAGUUAAAGGAGAGGCCCAAAACUUCGGGUGCUGAAAGAAUGACUCUGGACGGACGGAACAUGGCGGGAUCCAGUCUGUCAGAAAUCAUCUUUAUCUCUGUCAAUCAAAGUGUCACCUUGAUAGGAAAAGUGUGGCUGGUCCUGAUUUUUCUCCGCGGCCUCAUCCUGCUCCUGGCCGGUUACCCUCUCUACCAGGACGAAGAGGAGCGCUUUGUAUGCAACACGAUUCAACCGGGCUGCGCCAAUGUGUGCUACGAUAUAUUUUCCCCGAUCUCCCUUUUCCGCUUCUGGCUCGUGCAACUCGUCACUUUAAGUCUGCCCUACAUCAUCUUUACAAUCUACGUGACCCAUAAGGUGUCAAAUGGCCUGGCUGCAGCCCCGAGCUCUUUGGUAUCUGGUCAAACUACGCAACUGCACAAAACCCGGCAAGAGCUGUCCGUCAAGACCUCCGGGGGAAAAAAGCGAGAGUCGGUCCGAUGCUUCACGGCAGCCUACAUUUUUCAAUUGAUGCUCCGGACUUUGCUGGAGGCAGGAUUUGGGGCGGCGCACUACUAUCUGUUUGGUUUCUCCAUCCCGAGGAGGUUUCUAUGCCAACACCCUCCAUGCACCACCCAGGUGGACUGUUACAUCUCAAGACCCACCGAGAAGACGCUGAUGCUCAACUUUAUGCUGGGCGUGUCCGCCCUGUCCCUUUUCCUAAACGCCCUGGAUUUUAUUUGUGUAAUCAAGCGCUCCGUGAGGCAAAAGGGUAAAAGCAAGUUGAUGGAGUGUGUUUAUGAGGACGAGCGCGAUUUCCUGGGGACCCCAGAUCCCAAUUCUUCCAUGGGAUGUCAAACUGUUGAAACUGAGGCUGGUCCAAGAGGGAGUUUCCGCAAGAGGCAAGGCAGCCGGAGUUCUUGCAAAGGGAGGGCAGUCGGAAUAAUUCGGGAUGCAACCUCAGCCCCUCGCCCUUUGGAACCUUUGGGCUGCGACACCAACAGAAACAAUGGAUACCCUUUUUCGGAACCUCUUGAGAAGGAAGGUGACGAGCUGGCUCUCUUUUCCUUUGAACCGACGGGGACCCCUAAAGCCAUUUGUGUUAGUAAACCUAGCAGGCUCAAACCUCCACCACCCCCCAGGCGGGACCUUGGACGUCACCCGGCGCUGUCACCGAGACUCAAGAGAGAUGAGCCCAUGACGACAGGAACCGCCGUGGAUAGGAUUGGUCAGUACACUUUGGCCGAGCCGGCCAAUGGUGCGGACCGAUCAAACGAUGACGGCCAGGAGAAAAGAUCCGAGUGGGUGUGACUUUUUUUUUUGUUCUUUAUUUGCAGGGUUGUUAUGCAAGAUGAGACCGAGCAAAUAAGAUGUGAGAGCAACUUGAGAACCAGCUUUACAUAGUGGCAACAACUGUUGGAUCGCUGGCCGUUCUACCUCACUGCACCUCACUCGUGGCUAAUCAACACACUGCCGACGGAUCGCGUUGCCUUCUCUGCGGGGGCUUGUGUUUUAUACCCUUUGAUGCAAAGCAACAAUAUCAUGAGUCAAGAAUACCUCCCCCGGGUCGUGGAAGGGAAGAUGUGCGUGCCUUAAGCCUCAUUGGGUGGGGCGCUCUUUGUCCUUGAGCUCGUCUAAAAGUACAGCUCACCUGUUUCCACCACUCCCGACCACACUGAGUAUAAAAGAGGCCAUGACCCGCUUUGCAUGCCCUCACCCUCGAGGUCAAAGUUCAUGUCAGGACCCUGUGAGCCCAUCGUUGGUAGGCUGUUUGACGCUUACAGCGGUAACAUAUGUAUUUGCUUUAGCUACGAGCAAGUGUCAGAUAUGCCACGGCGCAAAUGAGGUGCAAAAAAAAAAAAAAAGGGGGGGGGGGGUCGGUUUAAUAUCUGAGUAAAUUAGGUUACGCGCUUGGUCACAGAAUGAGUUACAUUUGUAAGUCAACAGAUCCACUGCAUUAUAAUCGGAUUCCAAUUAGAGUAAGCACGGUUGAUCAGAAGUUGAAGGACACCACAAUCACAAAUUAAUUAUGCGCCCCCUUAAGUUUCAGUUUUCAUGGCUUGUCACUCAAUUUCAGGGCCUAGCGAGCUUUAGUGGAGCAACAUUACUGGACACGGAGCCCAGAAAAAGGACCACGAUUGCCUGUUGCCCUCUGGGAUGUCUGAUACGGUUUCACUUUGAUCAAAGCACAGAUUUUUCGGGUCAAACCCGGACAGUCUCACGGAAUGCUUCAAGUCAGCUCGGCUGAAGUGAGCCGAGAGUUUGGCAGUCUCAUUUGCUUUCUGCCGACGUGGGUGGAGGCUCCCAUUGUAAAUCAGUUGCUUGCACGCGUUUCAUUCAGCCUGGAGAGUCGUCUUUGUGUAAGCCGAUACCUCCUGAUCUUUGUUCUCUUUUGGAAAGUGAUGACCAAAGAAAGCUUCGGGCUUCCCCGAUCUCAUCUAUUUUGACAAUGCUCGGCCUUUUGACUCACGCGUGACUGGGGUGACCACGGGUUGUUUUCUUCAGAUCACCUCAGGUGUGGCUACGCCGCACCUUCUUGUGUCGAGACCACAAGCAUCACCAUAGGAUGUCCCUUUAUUUGACAGAAUUGGACUUCGGCAUUGGUUUUACCAUAAGCAUGCACGUACCGGGAUCAUUCAGUAGCAUUAGCGCCCUCAGGUGGACAGUUUUUGUAACUACGAUUAAUAAAAUUUGAUAUCACUAAAUGUCAACAAAUGGCACUUUGAUUCAUUUACAUCUUCUACUUCGUUGUCUUGACAUCUUUGAGGUACUUGAGGCAAGUCAGGAGCUUUCACAAACACAAUUAGUGUUUUUACCAAAUACCUGUCUGGCGUGGAAAAACAAGAUGUUGGCCAAAACUGAAAGUUUUAGUGACACCCCUUGACUGCCCUGCAGUCACUCUUUAUUUUUCAAACAUCUGGUGUUUCAAACAGUCAACUGGGAAUAAAUGCCUGAGUUUGGAGGUCAGGAAGUUCCAACAUUAAUCUAGAAAGGUCAGCCGACUCAGAGGUCGCAGAAAUGUGUUUGAUUUAGGGUAAGAAUACACCCACUGUGGCUUUACGUGCUUUGUGCUCAAAUGUAAUCUGGACUUUCAAAACGAAAUGACGAGAUAUAUUGAGACUGUUUGACAUUAAAUUGUAUUUUCGUUUGCAAUGUUGGCCAAUGUGGACCCCAGUAAACAGAUACAUAAGCACAAACACGUGGAAUAAUGCAUGCGAUAAGAACAUGAAGUGAAU